CCGCCACGGAGGAAGGUUGUGUGCGAUUAGGCAUUCGUCUUUAUGUACGAGCGAGAGCUUGAUUCUCAAUAUGAAGUACGAGUAUCAAAUGAAUGUAGCUGAUGAACGGUGAAAACCCGUAUUGAAAUUCGAUUUUUUGCGAUGCUCUUCAUAGGAUGAGUGGCGUAUCCGGUAUACCGUAUCUUCCUCCACCGCCCCUGUUCUGCAACACGCCACAGAUCGCUCCUAAGAACCCUAACGUCAAUAAAGAAAACGCGACCUCCACAAAUGCAGAUUUGAAGUUGUCAAUGUUUUCGUCAAUAAAAUCUGGAAAAGAAAUAGUUUAUUCUAAUUCAAACGAGCUUUUAUCAUUGGGCGAAUGUUGUGAGGUAGAAACGAAUGCUUGCUCUGCAACUUUUAGGUCGAAAAAGCAGUCCAUUUUUAACAAAGCGAACGAGAAGACCCAGGCCUUAAACAUGAACAAAACAGCAACCCAGUCGGCUUUUUCACCGGCAACAGAGAAGCCUUUGAAAUCACCGUCGCCUUCGUCUUCGGACUGCUGCUCUAGUGACAGUGAGAGAUCACUUCAAGACAGUGGGAUAUUCACUCCAGAAACCUUUGGUGUAUCUCCCGAACCGUCCACUGCUGCUUUUUCUGCAACCGAUGAAGCGAAGGCAAACGUUACCACCACAAGAGGUAGAAAGAAUGUCAACGAUACCAAUAACCAUACCAUGACCAAAGUUUCCCACUCAGGCGUCAUGACCAUCACGAUUCAGUCGGGCAACUAUGAAUCGAAAGUGCGAACAGAAUCGACAACAAUGUUGAUGGACAAUUUCGGAAGUGAGAAACAAUCCGGAAGUAGCGAUACUAUUGCAACGAAAACGUAUGGCCCUGCUACAUGUCCCAAUUUGAAAACUGUAACAGGUUCGAGUUCCGUCAAGCCAUUAAUGGCCAAGGCCAAACGAGAACCUCCUUCCUCGGAGCCUGCAUCAUCUAGCGGACCAAUGACGCCUUCAACUACUUCCCCUUCGUCUUCAAUUGCUUAUUCUUCUUCACCUAUUUAUACUUCUUCGACUUCCCUUGCUUCUUCUUCGACUUCGAUUGCUGGCUCUUCUUCGACUUCGAUUGCUGCCUCUUCUUCGACUUCGAUUGCUGCCUCUUCUUCGACUUCGAUUGCUGCUUCUUCGAUUUCGAGUGCUUCUUCGACUUCGAUUGCUGCUUCUUCAAUUUCGAGCGCUUCUUCGACUUCGAUUGCUGCUUCUUCAAUUUCGAGCGCUUCUUCGAAUGCUUCUUCUUCGACUUCGAUUGCUUCUUCGUCGUCCAACGCUGCAGUCAAAGAUGGGGGAAGAAACGAGUUGCCCUCAUCCGACCGGUAUCGGGUUGUCAGUAAACCCAGGAUCAAUCAAGAUGAUAGGAACUGCUCGUCGAAUCAACGAGACUUCUCGGCUCAACCGAAAGUCCGGUCUAACGAACCUCAUCCCGCGACUCGCAUUGGCGACGAGUUCUUAUCACGAUCUUCAAUUAACGAUCUUCACAACAACAAUCACGUUAUUCACUCUGCUGACGAUCCUCGUGUUAACGAAGUCUUUAAAUCCGCUUACUGUCACGAUCAAGAGUUCAGCUUGGAAGGCGGUGGUCGGCCGCUGCGUUCAACUUACUCCAUUCAUGAACUCGGAGAAAAGCUUGGUCCGUCGGACAACCAAUCACAAUUUCAAUACGAUCAGGCUUGUGAAGACGAUUUCAACUACGGUCUAGGCUAUGUUCCUCAUGACACGUAUAUUGGAUGCCACAGCGAUGAAUCGGAUGACUUAUUCGAUGAGGUUCGCAACGACGCAGCAACGGACAUUGCCAAUGCAUGUCAAAUUGAAAAGCCGGUCGGCGUCGUCACUGGUGUUCCCAACGGUCUCAUUCUCGACGGGAUUCCUGAUAAAAUGUCACCUGACGGAGUAGCUUUCUUGGACCCGGGAGCGCGUCCUGUUAGCCACCCAGCAACAGACCCUCCUGCGUGCAGCCUCUGCGUCAGGAAAGGUUCCCUGCUUUUCAACAUCCAAUGCGACACCUGCUGGACCGCCCUGAAGCGAGGGGCUCUUCCUGCUGCCCAGAUUUUUGCCGUGCUUCGGCAGUGGGACGCAAGAGUUCAGCGUAACAUUGGACCUCUCGUGGCGCUGGCAGUGAAGGGUGGGAGCGGCAUCAACGACCGGGACGCAGCGACGGACAUGACGCUACUGCACUACGCUGUCAAGGCGGGGGCGGGGGGCGUGGGGGACCCUGCUGUUGCUGUACAGGUGGUGGAGGAACUGCUGAAGGGGGGCGCCGACCCCCACAUGCGCUGCAAGUGGACGCACAUGACGGCGCUCCACUACGCCGCCUUCUUCGACGUGCCCCUCGUCAUCGACCUCCUCAUGGAGGACCCUGAGGGGGUGAGCGUGGACGCCCCGUGCCCCGGGUACGCUGGAGGCUCGCCACUGCACAUCGCGGCGGCCAACCUCUGCGUGGGGGCCGUGGAGGCGCUGUUGCGGCACCGCGCCAACUUGAUCAACAUCCUCCCAGAAUGCAUCCCAGACGCCGCCCAGUACGCCCAGGUCCCGGACGUCCAGCUGCUGAUCAGGAACCUGCAGCGUCUGCUGGACCCCACCACGGCCCCCCUCCUGGACCACUUCGGCACAGGGGGUCAGCAUAGCCCCCCUCCUGCUGGGGGAGGAGGGAGGGCCGUGCUGCUAGCCAUGGGACUCAAGAUCGGAGACCGCGUCCUGGCCAACGGCGUCCACACCGGCGUCCUCAGAUACGCGGGGAUGACGGAGUUCUCGACGGGGCUGUGGGCGGGGGUGGAGCUCGAGUCCCCCGAGGGGCGCCACAACGGCUGCGUCAGGGGCGUCGUCUACUUCCGCUGCGCCGCGAGCUACGGUUUGUUCGUGCCGUUGGUUCAUCUCACUAAAAUCCCAAACGUGUCUCGAGGACGAGGCAAAUCGAGACGAAGGGCACCGCCUCGAGGAAGAUCUGUGGCUCCGUCUCGUCUCAGAGAUGGAGCCACCAGAGAAUCAAUGUCUCGAGGGGGUGAAUGUCUCUGGGGUUCCAAGUCCCCCCCUCGCCGGUCCCUGUCCCUGCCCCCCGCCCGCGUGAAAAUGGGCAAAGUUGAUGUGUCGGGAAUUGGAUCCAGAGUAGCGCAAGACAUUAGUGACGACACCCGCAAGAUCUGUGUGGGUGAACGAGUAUUGGUGGACUUGCGAGUGACGCCAGACCAGCCAAGCAUUGCAUCAGUGACGUCACUCUUCAGCAACUCUAGACGCCCCAGACGAACGUCACACUCAGGGUCGUUCGUGGAACUUCAUCGCCUGGAGUCCGUAGCGCUACACAACUCCAACUCUAAACCCAAAAACCUGCACCACUCCAGCAACAGGUCUCUUCACCAGGCCCCUGGAGCCGCUGUGGGAGGCGACCAGAGCUUGCAGAUGUGCCGCUGGAUCGCACUUGGAGUCGUGCGGUUUGUCGGGAACGUGGCGUUCGCGUCUGGGUACUGGAUUGGGGUGGAGCUGGACCAGGCUCUUGGUAGCACAGAUGGAACUGUUAAAUCCGUGCAAUAUUUCUCGUGUCCUCCGAGCCACGGUGUCUUCGCUGCUCCUUCUCGCGUAGCCAAGCUCAAAGAUUAUGACGACUUCGAGCCCAUGUGUUCACCUGGCUUGAUCACCCGGCGUUCACGUCUCUCUACACAAAACUUCAGCAGCGACAGCGAUCUCAGGAUCACCCGGCGACCCAAAUCCUAUUCGGUAGGAAGCGACUACGUCUUCAAGUCGGAAAUCAGCCAGCACAGAACUCCUCCCAUCCGUGCCGAGACAGGACGUUCCAGGCAGAAUUACAGGGAACUGACGGACAUGAACGAUUCUUCUAAUAAUGAGCGGAAUAAUAUUUCCCACCGUGCAUCAUCUAAUGGGAAAGAAAACAUAUCAUCAGCCCGGCAGACUAGAGGCCAAAAAAACAGUAACGAUUUAAGACUUCUGAAGAGCCGGCAGGAUACUUCCUGCACCCGUACAUCUCGCGGUGAGAAGAGGAAAAUUGAAGCUCAGUCCGGCUCCGCGUUAGAGCCUGAGAAAGUGAAUGAGAAGAAGAGCCUUCUUUACAGCUCAUGGCUGCAGUGCAUGAGUGAAGCCAGCGAUGGCCGUGCCCGGGUUGCCUUGCCCAUCUUACUGCCUGACCUGAGCAGUGGCAGCGCUCUGUACCCACCCAACACUUCCAUGAGUCACCUCAACAAAUCGUUCUCAGCCAGGUACGUCUCAUCACGCCUGCGUCAGGAGGAGCUACAACGGCGCCAGGAAGAACAAGCGCUGGAGCCGCAGUGGCAUGAGAACUUCGAGUGCGAGCCCUCGAUGCGCUACAACCCUCACUACUAUGGCAGAGGGAGCGACGACUCCGAGCAGUGGGUCGAGGUCGGCUGCAAUGUCUUCUACAAGGGCUGUGUCGGCACGGUGAAGUACAUGGGCAACGUGGAUUUCGAGCUGGGCACGUGGCUGGGCAUAGAGCUGCGUAAACCGCAGGGCAAGCACGACGGCAUCGUCCUGGGACGAAGAUACUUCAAAUGUCGUCCCAUGUGCGGCAUCAUGGUCAGGCCUUCUGCUGUCACUGUCAGGGGCAUCAAUGGUGCCUGCGCCGUCAGGCCUGACAGUGACGAGGGCGAUGACGAGUGGAUGUAGCAGCUACGAGACGUGGAUGUAGCAGCUGCGAGACGUGGAUAUAGCAGCUACGAGACGUGAAUGUAGCAGCUACGAGACGUGAUUGUAGCAGCUACAAGGCGUGAAUGUAACAGCUACGAGACGUGAAUGUAGCAGCUACGAGACGUGUACGUAGCAGCUACGAGACGUGAAUGUAGCAGCUGCGAGACGUGAAUGUAGCAGCUACGAGACGUGGACGUAGCAGCUGCG